AUUCAAACACAAAGUGUGAUUCUUUUCAUCUCCAUGUUAUGUUGCAACCCCGCAUUAAACCCUCACCUUCUUUCUUUCUUCCUUCUCAUCACAAAGACACAAGCUUUCUUCCUCAACUACCCUACCCAACUUCUUAUUCCACUCAUCACUUCCUUUGAAAUUGAAACCACCAAAAUUGUUUUUUUUUUUCUCCUUCACUCGUAGUAAUAUUUUGAAAAGUGUUGUGCUUUGGGUUGAGAAUUGUGGCAGGGCCUAAUGGGUAACUGCCUAGAUUCUUCUGCCAAGGUUGAUGCAGCUCAGAGCUCCAAAUCCACUUCUGGUUGGUCUUAAUUAGAUCAUUACCCUCUUUCUUCUUCUUCUUCUUCUUUUUUCAAGGCUUGUGAUUGUUAUGGCCUUAUGGGAACUGGGUUUCAGAGUUAUGGGUUGAUGAUGACAUAAUGUUGUAAAAAUCAUCAGGAAUCUCAAAAACUACUCCUUCCAGUUUAUCUAUUCCAUCAUACAGUGAAAAAAGCAAUGCCUCAAGUCUUCCCACACCAAGGUCUGAGGGUGAAAUCUUGUCUUCUCCCAAUCUUAAGCCCUUCACAUUCAAUGAGCUAAAGAAUGCCACCCGAAAUUUUCGGCCCGAUAGUCUUCUCGGUGAAGGGGGAUUUGGAUAUGUCUACAAGGGAUGGAUUGAUGAACACACAUUUACGGCUUCAAAACCCGGAUCAGGAAUGGUUGUUGCUGUGAAGAGGCUGAAACCUGAAGGUUUUCAAGGUCACAAGGAGUGGUUGACUGAGGUUAACUACCUUGGACAACUGUACCAUCCUAAUCUGGUUAAAUUAAUCGGGUACUGCUUGGAGGGAGAGAACCGGCUAUUGGUGUAUGAGUUUAUGCCUAAAGGGAGCUUAGAGAACCAUCUAUUUAGAAGAGGACCACAACCGCUGUCUUGGUCGGUGAGGAUGAAAGUGGCUAUUGGUGCUGCCAGAGGACUCUCCUUUCUUCAUAACGCCAAAUCACAAGUCAUAUACCGUGAUUUUAAAGCUUCUAACAUCCUGCUGGAUGCUGAGUUUAAUUCGAAACUUUCUGACUUUGGUUUAGCUAAGGCGGGUCCUACUGGCGAUAGAACUCAUGUGUCCACUCAAGUAAUGGGUACUCAAGGAUAUGCAGCACCUGAAUAUGUUGCAACUGGUCGUUUGACGGCCAAAAGUGAUGUCUACAGCUUUGGAGUUGUGUUGCUUGAACUUCUAUCCGGAAGACGCGCUGUUGAUAAAACCAUAACCGGCAUGGAGCAGAAUCUGGUGGACUGGGCAAAACCAUAUUUGAGCGAUAAACGAAGACUGUUCCGGAUUAUGGAUACCAAGUUGGAGGGCCAGUAUCCACAAAAGGGGGCCUUCACGGCUGCCACACUUGCUCUACAAUGCCUUAACAGUGAGGCCAAGGCAAGGCCUCCAAUGACAGAGGUUUUAGCAACUCUGGAACAGAUAGAGGCCCCCAAAACUGCAGGCAGAAACUCCCAUUCAGAACACCAUAGAGUUCAGACUCCUGUGAGAAAGUCUCCUGCACGAAACCGGUCACCGUUAAAUCUAACUCCUACUGCGUCCCCUCUCCCAGCUCACCGGCAAUCGCCUCGUGUUCACUAAGCUGUGAACAUAGAGCAUCUGCAUGCAUGUAAAUUCCUUAAAUUUAUCAGGUUGUGUUUUGGACCGCGUGCGUUGAGGCAUGUGUACUUGAAUGCAAUUUUGGGUACUUGAAUGCAAUUUUGGGUCAUGCACGGUAGAAUAGUUAACACCACAUUUAUCCAAAUGCUAUGCAAGUUAUUGCAUCAGUAUUCUGCAUGUAUAUUUCCUUUUUCCCCACGUAGAAUGUCUUGUUGAUAAUAACAACCAGACACAUUGCUUCCCUUCUAUUAUGGGUGCCUCAUAAUUUGGGUUUUUGGCCUAAAACAAUUCCAAAACAUGGAGAGGGUUGUUAUGUACUUGUAAGUUGUUCUAUUCUUGUAUAUAUUAUUUUUAUCAUAUCACUA